AUGGAGUCAGAGCCGCCGGCGCUAGCGGAGCCGGGGCCUCUGGCACAUGGGAGGUCGAGGCGCCUAGCCCUGUCGGAGUCAGGGCGGUCGGUGCUUGAGGACUUAGCAACAACAGUGGCCCUCUGUUACGUUGAUGGCUCCAGGGAAACUGCCAAUGCAGAGAAGCUCAAAGAAGCACACAAGAGGGUGAUGGUGGCCAAUCAUCCAGAUGCAGGUGGAAGUCAUUACCUUGCUUCAAAGAUUAACGAGGCGAAGGAUGUAUUGACAGGGAAAACAAAAGGAGGUGGGUCAGCCUUUUGA